AUGUUGGCGGAAGCGGCGCCUCCCGUGCUGUGGAAAUUGGUCGUGGCUGCAGCCGCCGCGUCGGUGGAUGCAGCCUCCUGCUUCUUCACCUCGCUGGUGUCUCGGCUCUGAGAGGCGGCGGCCGGCGGGAUGGAGAAAAGUAGGAUGAACCUGCCCAAGGGGCCGGACACGCUCUGCUUCGACAAGGACGAGUUCAUGAAGGAAAACUUCGAUGUCGAUCAUUUUGUUUCUGACUGUAGGAAGCGUGUCCAGCUGGAAGAACUGAGAGAUGACCUGGAGCUCUACUAUAAACUUCUUAAGACAGCCAUGGUCGAACUCAUCAACAAGGACUAUGCAGAUUUUGUCAACCUGUCCACAAACCUGGUUGGCAUGGACAAAGUCCUCAACCAGCUUUCUGUGCCUCUGGGACAAUUACGAGAAGAAGUUCUGAGUCUCAGGUCAUCUGUCAGUGAAGGAAUUCGGGCGGUAGAUGAACGAAUGUCUAAACAAGAGGACAUUAGGGAAAAAAAGAUGUGUGUGUUGAGGCUUAUACAAGUUAUUCGAUCGGUUGAGAAAAUUGAAAAGAUCUUAAAUUCUCAAAGUUCUAAAGAAACAUCUGCACUGGAAGAACACAGCUCACUUUUGACUGGACAAAUUUUGGAGAGAAUUGCUACAGAAUUUAACCAGCUACAGUUUCAUGCUGUUCAAAGCAAAGGCAUGCCUCUUUUGGACAAAGUAAGACCACGGAUAGCAGGCAUUACGGCCAUGCUGCAGCAGUCACUAGAAGGCCUCCUCUUGGAAGGUCUGCAGACUUCUGAUGUCGAUAUCAUACGGCACUGCUUACGGACUUAUGCCACGAUCGAUAAGACCCGGGAUGCGGAGGCAUUAGUUGGCCAAGUACUAGUGAAGCCAUACAUGGAUCAGGUGAUUAUAGAGCAGAUUGUUGAGUCUCAUCCAAAUGGCCUUCAGAUCAUGUAUAACAAACUCCUGGAGUUUGUUCCUCACCAUUGCCGCCUUCUUCGAGAAGUCACAGGCGGAGCCAUCUCAAGUGAAAAAGGCAAUACUGUUCCUGGAUAUGAUUUUUUGGUGAAUUCUGUCUGGCCAGAAAUAGUACGCGGAUUAGAAGAGAACUUGCCCUCACUCUUUAAUCCUGGGGAUCCUGAUGCAUUUCAUGAGAAAUAUACCAUAAGUAUGGAUUUUGUAAGAGCAUUUGAACGGCAAUGUGGAUCACAGGCCAGUGUAAAAAGACUAAGAGCACAUCCCGCCUAUCACAACUUCAAUAAUAAGUGGAACUUGCCUGUUUAUUUUCAAAUAAGAUUCAGAGAAAUAGCGGGAUCCUUAGAAGCAGCACUUACAGAUGUACUGGAAGACGCUCCAGCCGGAAGCUCCUUCUGCCUGUUGGCUUCUCAUAGGACAUGGAGCAGCCUGCAGAGGUGUUGGUCAGAGCAGAUGUUCCUGCCGUCGCUGGCGCAUCGCCUGUGGAGACUCACGCUGCAGGUUCUGGCGCGGUACUCCGUGUUCGUCGGCGAGCUUUCACUCAGGCCCAUCUCUAAUGAAAGUGCCAAGGAUACUAAAAAACCUCUGGUAACUGGUAUCAAAGACCCUGCCGUUACCCAAGGAAACAGUGAAGACCAAGGAAGUGGUCCUUCCGAAACAAAGCCCGUAGCUUCCAUCUCCAGCACUCAGCUUGUGUACGUGGUCGCAGACCUGGACAGGCUUCAGGAGCAGCUUCCAGAACUCUUGGAAAAAAUCAAGCCCAAACUGGAAAUGAUUGGCUUUAAGAAUUUUUCUUCUAUCUCAGCAGCCCUGGAGGACUCGCAGCGGUCCUUGUCAGCCUGUGUGCCCGCCCUGAGCACCAGGAUCGUCCAAGACUUAAGUGAGUCUUGCUUCACUUACCUGAAAAGUGCCCUGGAGGUUCCCCGGCUGUACCGAAGAACCAACAAGGAGGUGCCAACGACAGCUUCCCCGUACGUGGACAGUGCUCUGAAGCCAUUUUACCAGCUUCAGGGUGGGCACAGGGAUAAGCUCAGACACGCGAUGAUUCAGCAGUGGCUAGAGGGCGCGCUCUCAGAGAGCACUCACAGGUACUAUGAAACUGUGUCCGACGUGCUGCACUCGGUGAAGAAGAUGGAGGAGAGCCUGAAAAGGCUGAAACAAGCCCGGAAAACCGCCUCUGCCACCCCCAGUGGGUCCAGUGGCGGAGGCAUGAGUGACGACGACAAAAUCAGGCUGCAGCUGGCCUUGGACGUGGAGUACUUGGGGGAGCAGAUACAAAAGCUGGGCCUGCAGACAAAGGACAUAAAGAGCUUCCCGGCUCUCGCAGAGCUUGUUGCUGCUGCCAAGGACCAGGCUACAGCAGAGCAGCCGUAGGCACCCUGGGGAGCCCGAGGGGCCUGGGCCUGGGCCUGGGGAGACAGUGGCUCCGCUCUCCCGGCGCCGGACCUCGAGCAAAGUGCUUCCCCGGACCUCCGGCCGCGCACCAUGCCGCCGCCCAGCACGUUUGGGUCUUCUUUCACCCAAAAUGGAACACUAAAGCCUUUUCCGUUAUAUGGAAGAUAGUUUUUAAGACAUUCGAAACUUUCUACUAUAGUUUACAGAGCAAAUUAUUUUAUUUUUAUUGUAAAUCUUAGUGAGGAAGAGCUGAUUUCUAAAAUAUGAGUAAAGUGAGUAUAUAUGUGCGAACAGAAAGGUUCUCCCUGGCGCUGCAGGGGACGCGGUGACUGACCAGCUGCGGAGGCGCCCUGCUCCCACGCUGCGCGUCCGCGGGCUCAGCGAGGCCGGAAGGUGCUGGUUCCCGUCCGCCCACCGGGCGUUCAGGGGCGGUGCUUCCGAUCGUUCUCUUCGCCCAGACUGUCAGGAGCUGGACCAGUCGGAGGGUUUAUUUUC